UCGAAUUGUCACACAGCUGUGAGUUUCAUGUCUGGUGAAUGGCAGUAUUGUAACAAGUCAGAGGACGAGAGUUACAAAAUUCAACCAUCAGGUUUCACUAUUAACCGGCAAGACCAUGGCAAAAAAAAAUUAUAAAUCUGUUGAAAGUGCUUUAUGCUAUGCAAGAAAGCCAUGUACAAUGAGUUAUAUGGCCUAUUAUGCCAAAUUUAGUUACUAAAGGUUAUUGCAACUUCAACUCAAAAAUAUGUCAGUAUUUUACAGAGGGAAAGUAUUUAGAGUCGCUUACACAUCUGCUUAAGCUGAUUAUUAAAAUUACCUCUAUGCAGUUCAUGCCUCUGUUGUUGCAAGAUUCUUCUUGUUCUGUUACCACUUAAUAUGUUAGAGGUCUUGUUUCUUCUCUUCAAGUGAUCCCUUUAUUUAGCCGUGUCCCCUUUAAGAAUCUUCGGGUUCAGUAAGGUCCUAUGACAUGUGACCAUUAAUCAGGAAGUAGUCAAGCAUGGCACAGAGAGCAGUAUGUGUAAUGCAUUUAAGAUAAUCCUGUGACAUCUGCAUACAUCUUAUGCCCUUUGUAGCAUCGUGGUUUCACCUUUCCUUGCAAUGUCAAUAAACCUGUGGACAAGGAGUCAACUGUCUUCAGAGUCUUGAUGUUAGGGAAGAGUUUAUCUGGCUGUCAAGUUAUAUACAGAACAUAUACCGAGGACAGCACAGUGAAACCACGACUUUUCAACAGGCAAGAUAACGCAAUGUCAGCUGACAGGUGCCAAUAAAAGCAUUGUCACAUGCAACCAGUGGACAACUAUCUGAUUAUCAGUGUAUGGAGAGAUACACCACCAGACUGUGCCAUGGCAACAGAAACAUCUUCAUUAAAGACAUGCUCUCGUGUUUCAUGUUCUUCAGUAUGGUCAAGAGCAUCAUCAACUGGGUCAGCAGCAGCUAAGGUGAGAGGGAGAGCAGAAGCAGCAAAAGCACGGCUUGCCUUUGCUGAGGAAGAAGUUAACCUUAAGCUACAAAAGACCAAGCUGGAGGCAUCUAUGGAAAUGCUUGAGCAUAAGAAAGAGAUAGCUGCAGCAAUAGCAGAAGCGGAGGUGCUUGAAGCCGCUAUUGAUGAAAAUACAGAGAAACACAGUUGCAGACUAAGUUUAAAUUCCGCUCCCUUAGAAGCCGCACAACGCACUGAACAAUAUGUUAUUGAACAUACCAAAGUACAAGAAACAGAACUACUGCUAUGUGAUGAUAUUCCCCCCAAAAUAGAACCAAGCCCAAGCUAUAGCAUUUCAGCUUCACAUCUCAAUCCUGAAGCCAAAUCCUUCCUUUCACACCAAACAAAUGCUGGCUUCCAAACACCUCAUGUUACUUCAAAUCAGCCAUGCAUCUAUAAAAAUGAAUAUGCUCGUGAGUCAUGUGAAGUUAGGUUUGAGAGCAGCCAUGCUACUCCUGUGCAACACUUCAGACCACAAAAUAACAGUGGUCAUCCUACUCCUCUAUCAUAUCCCAUAACCCCAAACUCAAAUGUUAGCGGCUCAAACAUAAAUGACUUUGUGAGAUAUCUAGCUCGUCGUGAGCUUGUGGCAACAGGCUUACUCCAGUUUAAUGACAAACCUCAGAACUACCGAGCCUGGAAAUGUCCUUUUCAGACUGCAACUACUGAUUUAAACCUGUCACCAAGCGAGGAGAUGGAACUCUUGCUGAAGUGGCUCAGCAAGGAGUCAGCAGAGCAUGUCGAACAGAUAAGGGCAAUACAUAUCAACAAUCCACAAGCAGGACUGGUGAUGGCAUGGGACAGACUUGAACAAUCUUAUGGCUCAACCGAAGUGAUAGAAGAUGCAUUGUUCAAACGAAUUGACACUUUUCCAAAAAUAGCUAACAGAGAUUAUCCUAAACUGACAAAGUUGAGUGAUCUACUAAUGGAGCUUCAGUCUGCUAAGUCCGAAGGAGACUUGCCAGGCCUUGCUUUUCUAGAUACGGCAAGAGGUGUCAAUCCUAUUGUAUAGAAGCUACCAUUUCGUUUGUAAGAAAAGUGGGUGUCUAUGGGUGCAGCCUACAAGCAACAAAACGGUGUUCCCUAUCCUCCCUUUGCCUACUUCGUAGACUUUGUUAGACAGGAGGCUAGAAUUGGAAAUGAUCCAAGCUUUUGAGAAGGCAGCUUGGAAGCCCAGCAAACAACGAGAAAUCUCUGUACACAAGACAGCAGUAUCUUGGAGAGUUCCCAUUGACACUGGCGAGCCCCUCAAAAAAUCUUAUGACUGUGAUAAAUUCUGUCCCAUUCAUAGAAAACCACACCCUCUGCGUAAAUGCCGUGUG